ACAGAAGAGAAGGAUUCCCAGACGGAGCAGAUUGGGAGCUUCCUUACGUGACAUAUCCUAUUUUUGCCACGUUGCAAGAAUUUAUGACCAGUGAUCAAACAGAGAGCAUUAGGUCGGAAGUCAGAUCGGGCGACCAGCCAUCUCUACUCAAUUCUUUCGUCCAGAAUUCAAGAUGUGAGUCACUUAUUCCUCCUUGUAUAGCCGUAUAGGGUUUUCCAACUUUUCUGAAAUUCGAUAAUUCGACAUCUUUCUCACGGUUUCCCUCCUUGUCUAAUCGGUGGAGUCAAAAGCUCAUCUUCGAAUUCGACUCACCUAUUGAACUCGUCGUAGAACGGGUCGACUUCGCGUCACGUUUUUCUCACGAUAUAAAUGCUCGCGUUCUGUUACACAGAUCGACCGUAUCGAUUCGGCCUCUCUCCUUCGUAGAUAUCGUACACUGAGUGGAAAAUGGAUUUUUCGGAACAAGACGCGGAUUUAUUUGGUGAAGAGUUCGAACAGGACGACGAGAAGGAGAAGGACGAAGAAGAGAGCCACGAUUCUUCUUCUUCUUCGUCCUCGUCUGCCUCUUCCUCCUCUAAUGGCAGUGGCGGGGAGACUAGUAGCGGUAGCGGCAGCGGUAGCGCUAGCAGCAGCGAUGGGGAAGAGGAAGAAGACGACGCUGACACGGAGAAGGCAAGUGGGUCCGAUGAAAAGGAUCUCUUCGGUUCCGACAAUGAAGACUACUGCAGAACUCUAGCAUCAAGUCGUUACCCGGUGCCCGUAUUACCUCCUAUCCGGAAUCCUAACAACCAGGCAAGAGGGACAUUUGGGCGUGGGCGCUGGCAUGGACACCAAAAUGACAGAGGAGGAUUUGGCAUCCUGCCUCGUCCUGGACCUUAUCACCAGAGACAGAACUAUGGUUUCGGGUCUAGAUUUAACAAUGGGCGGCAAGAUGAACGAUUUGUUUCUGAGUUGAAGCUUUCUAAGAGUGAAGAAACUUUAUCUAGGAAAUGCAUUCAAAUUCAGGAGCCUUGUGAAGUUGCUUGCUAUAGUCGCAUAGAAGGUGGAGAUGUUUACUUUGAUGACCGCAGUUUGAGGCUUUUUAAGCGUUUAAUCACUGAAGAUGUCGGAGCUGAUUUGAAUGAAGGAUUUCAGUCUUUUAUUGAGAAAAAAGAAUUGGGCUCUCAGGGCUUUGGUGAUCUUCUCAGUUGCAUAAGAGACAAAAAUAUCCCACUUCAAAAUAUACAUUUUGUGACUUUCAGAAACAAUCUUAAUAAGAUAUUAGCUGCUGCCUAUAUCAGGAAUGAGCCUUGGGAGAUGGGGGUGCAUAAGAGAAAUGGAAUUGUCUAUCUUGAUGUGCAUAAGCUUCCUGAAAGGCCACAAAAUGAGAUAGAUCGUCGGAGAUGCUAUUGGGGCUACUGCUUUGAAAGCCUUGCCACCGAGGAUUCAAGGGGAGCUGAUGGAGAUGGGAUACAUCAUAUUGAUGCAAAUGUUGAGUUCUGUUCUGUGAUCAAAACCAAAUUAGGGGCUCAUCGUAUUAUUAUGGGUGCUGAAAUGGACUGCUGUGAUUCCACUGAUGAGGGAAGAAGGUUUUAUAUUGAAUUGAAGACUAGUCGUGAGUUGGAUUAUCACACUGAGGAGAGAUACGAAAGAGAGAAACUGCUGAAGUUUUGGAUCCAAUCAUUCUUAGCAGGUGUUCCUUACAUUGUUAUCGGUUUCAGGGAUGAUUCUGGGCGUCUUGUCCGUACAGAGAGGUUACGGACCAAAGAUAUAACACAAAGAGUAAAGAUGAAGGGAUACUGGCAGGGAGGAGUCUGCCUGGCAUUUGCUGACGAGGUGUUAUGCUGGCUCUAUGGGACAGUAAAAGAGAACGAAGACUACAUCUUGCAGUUUGCCCCACCUUUCAACCGUUUGGAGCUUCUGCAAGCUCAGUCUUGCCCAGACGUAAUCACUAGCCAUGUUGAGCAAUAUCAGCAAUUGUGAGCAUAUGGAUUCAACUUUACUAAUAUAGAUAUGUGGAGAGGGAGAAAAAUUUUUAAUUAUCUGCUAGAAAUGUAAUUCUUUUUGUUGUAUUUUUGUUUGAGAUAGAAGAGCAUGCUUUCAUCUGAAUACAAAUAUAUUAAGUAAAAAAAUAUGUAUAUCCAGGAGAAAAGCUGGAUAUUUCCAACAAUUUAUCCUGAUUUUGAUUCCAAAACUUUAAUUUCUCUUACUGAUGAGGAGAGGUUCAAACAACUUUACAUGAUUUACUUUUUUGUAUGAACAGUAAUACAAAAGUGCCGGUUUUGGAACUACUUCUGGUGAAUUCCAGCA